GCGCCCGAGUGGCAAUAGAAUUCAUUGUGGCCCAUUUUCAGCGCAAGGACUAUUCCGAACAUCGUCCCCAGCAUAUAUGCUCUUGCACAAUAAUGGAUAGAAUUAGCUGGCAGGAAAUUACUCGAGGUCAACAUGCAUUCGAAAGCAGUUCGUCGACGACAACAGUUCUACUUCUACACUUUUCUACAUUUACUGCAAACACGAUACCAGCACAACAUUAUCCGAGAGUCAGUAACAGCUCAGCGACACGCAGACGAGGUUCAUAGAGGAGGAUAUACAAACACCUGGUAUACAACAGCGUCUUACCAAUUUCCUUGAAGUCCAUAGCCGCUCCCGCCAGCGCGGCUUGUCGAU